AUGUCAGAUAAAAAUCUUAACAUUAAUGAUAACCAAACUUUCACUCAAUCUAGCAACAUUCUUAAAAACAAUGAAGAGGAUCACACUCUUUUGACAACUGAGAGUGGCACUAUCACACUUCGUAAAUACAACUGGUCUCAAAAAUUUACUGAUAUUGCGGAAUGGUUACUUGCAUUCAAGUCCUAUAUGAAAGCUAUCCUAGUGAUAUAUAACAUCCGCGAGCAGGAAUUAAAUACUUAUAGAGACUACAUUAGCACACUUUGUAUAAAACAAGAAUUUGUAGUAGUUAUUAAUUAUGAUGAAAAUAGACAUAUACACUUAACAAUGAACAUGACUCAACACUGCUCGACUGAAACAUAG